AGUCAUAUGACGUCGGGAGCUGCGUAUAAAACCUCGCGCUCGGAAAAAGAAGCCUUCGUCCUCAGCAAUUCGAAUUAUCGAGUUUCUCCCUGAACGAGACCGAGGAGCCUCGCGAUACCCUCGGGAAAAGGUGCGAUUUUUUAUCGUGGGGAUUUCGCUUCGCGGAGCGCUGAAGAGAGAGAUCAGAAUGGGGGAACCCGCUUGUCUCCGGAGGUCCUUCUCUCAUCCUUCCCCCGCUUCCCGUGAAGCCGCGCUGGGUGACGCGAUGCGCGCCCUCACCGAGUCCGUCUCGCUUGGAAGAUUUAUGUCCGAGUCGUUGGCUUGGGAGAAAUGGUCGACCUUCUCUAACAAUCGUUACCUGGAGGAAGUCGAGAAAUUCUCGAAGCCAGGAUCCGUCGCGCAGAAGAGAGCUAUUUUUGAAGCACAUUACAAGAAGAAGGCUGCAGCACAAGCGGCAUCACAGAUUGAGGAGGUGGGAGAACCAAACUUUGAUGUUCCAGGGCAGUUGAAUAUCCAGGCACGAGGGGAUGAGUCUACAGGGGAAUUGGGAUCGGUGAAAGGCGAUGCUCUUGAUGCCCAUGAUGAGAAUCUGAAGAAAGAUAGUGUUGAAGUUAUGUCAGCUUCCUCUGGUGAUAAAAAUCAAUUAAAUCCGAUCAAUGAAAGAAGCAAACUGGAGAUAGCAGAGGUUGCAGGUCCUGAGAAUGUAAAAUCUGAGCUUGAUGAAAAGCACUUGUCUCCAUCUGAAGACCAGAAUCACUUUGAUAAUCCGGAGUUCACUGCAAAGAGUAUGACUUCCCAAAAUGACAAUGUGCCAGAUAAGGCACCUGUUGCUCAGCAGAUUUUAACUUCGUGUGAUAAAAAGCAAGCGCUUUCUUCCUCGAAGUCAGCAACUCGAAGCAGAGCGCCGAGAUUGCCACUUCCACAUGCAAAGGCAACGAUGUCUAUGCAACCAAGAGCUCCAAGACAUGUAAACGAUGCUGUCCUGAACAGUCAGACUCAGACAGUCAGAAGCUCGGUUAAGGAAAAUAGAAUACCUUCGAAAUCUCUCCACAUGUCAAUCAAUUUUGCUUCACUUGGUGGUAGUAGCACUAAAUUGGGUUCUCCGCAGUCUCUAAAAGUCAGGAAAAAAGAAGAGUGCACCACUUCCCCGAAAAUCAAGAAAGACAAUUCAGUUGCUCAGCAAGCUCAAACUCGAGCAUCUCUAAGGAAGUCAGUUUGUUCUCCAACUGUUCCUGCAUCGCAAGAUAAGAGCUUGAAACGCUCUAGUAUAAAUGGAAGCAAAGCUCGAUCAACAACUGUGUGCUCGCCUUUUAGCUUCAGGAGUGAAGAAAGAGCUGCAAAAGAAAGGAGGGUAAAGCACAGCAAAAUAUCAGAAAACUACAGUAUGGAUUUGGUUUCAAAGCAAACAAGAAUGAUGAAUCAUGUCAAGGAUCUCAAUCACCAUGCACUAAGAGCAAGUGCUCGCCUCCUAGACCACAACUCUCUAAACUCGAAAGUCAGCCAACUCCUGACAAAUGCCAAAACACAAGAUCUCGGCCUUCUCAACGUAUCAAGAUCAAUGCUGAGAGCUCCAGCCAUGUGA